CGGGUGGUGCGGGGGGAACAAAGCGGAACUGGCACUUGCUGCUCGGCCUGCUGUGCGGGGUGAGGGUAGAGCCGGGAUCCGGAGGGAUCAGGCUUGGAUCCAAGGCGGUGUGCGGAGGGCAAAGGCGGUUCUAGAUGUAGGAAACAUGAAUGACUGGCAGAGGAAGAGCCCUCUAGACUGGGAAGCGUAUGUGAACAAAAUGGUGAAAGUUGCUGCUGUUGAGAAACAGGAAUAUGAAGGAUGGGUCCUAACAGUUGAUCCAGUUUCUGCCAGUAUUGUCCUUGCAACAUACUUGGAGAAUGGAAAAGUGUCCAUAUCGGUUGUAUUGGGCCAUGCUGUGCAGGAGGUUGAAAUACUGAAAGAAGGGGACGAUGAAAUGAAGCAACGUCUGUCUCGUAUAUUUGCGCCUGAAGAAAGCACAGCGUACAGCCCAGAGGAGCUCGAAGAGAGGAAGAACAGCUUGAGGACUUGGCUAGAAACGAACCACAUCCCUGUGACAGAGCAGGGUGAAUCAGGAAGAACACUGUGUGUGGCGGGGGUGUUAACUAUUGACCCACCAUACAGCCCGGCAGAGUGCAGCAGUUCCAAUGAGAUUAUCCUGUCUCGGGUUCAAGGCUUGAUACAGGGCUAUUUUGAAAAACAACAGUGAUAUCUGCUGUUGAAAAGCAGUUAUCUUUAGGAAAGGGUUUACCUGCCCUAUUUUAGGAUCUUGGGUACCAAUAUUCACUGUUUGCAAAAAUGCUGGGUUUAGGUACUUUUCACUGAGUUUUGUAAGUUAAGAAAGGGAUAAAAAAAGCUGUAUAAACGAAAAGCACAAAGCAUUUUCCAGGACUAUUUUCAAUAAAAAGCCAUUGGAUAAUGA